AUGCAGACAGGCCAGACGUACGAAGGAAGAGACGACCCCGGGAGAGUCCAUCCAGCAACGGGGAGCUCAUGCGCACGUUAUGAGAGUCUCUCGACGUCACAAACACUUAUUUUGGGCGUGGUUCCCGGUCAUGGGAGGGAGUGGACUGGUCCAGCACCCAUCUCUGUCCACUAUGAAGGCAGAGAGGUGCUCGGUGAAAGGGCCAGGACUCGGGGGUUCAGGUCACUGGUCGCCAACAGUGGCUUGCUCCUCUGGUCUAGGCAUCUUCGCCGGCGGAAACAGGACUGCGAGCUUGCCAUUCCUCAUGAAUGCAAGCUAAGACAAACCUGUAAGGGCAAACGAUCGACUCAGUCCCUCGAACGUCUACCACAUCGACAUAUUGAUGAACGGGAACGCGAGAAAGCAGCAGUCUUCGACAUUGAACUUCAAGUCUCCAGGAGGCUAGGUUUGCCCGCCUCGAUUUCCCCAAGUCCAACCAGAAACUCCGAGCUCUCCAACGCCCACAGUCAUCAUCAUAUCCUCCUCUAA